UUUCAAAGUAAAUCGUCAAAAAAUUGUAAAAUAUUUCUUCAAUGUAUUUUCGAGCCAGUUUGCUGGCAUUGCUUUGCCUCACUCUCACUGAAUUCGUUUCUCAAGCAUGGACCCGAUCGCUUACCGUCUCGCUAAACAUGUCCAUGACCCGAACCCUGGUUCCAGAUUCGCCAAAUGGAACGGAGACCAAGCUCAGCCAGGAGAUGCUGAGGGCUUGUAUGCGUAGGACCGAGAUAUCAAUGUCGCAACUGAAACUCUUUCACAUGAGCCUGAUGAACAGUGACUACAAUAAUGACAACGACAUAGCCCCAACGCCAGUUCAAUCCAUUGGCGAUGCGAAUAACCUGGGUGAUAUUGACAUCAAUGGCAACUCGCAGAUGCCAUAUUUGGAUUUGAAGCACAAUGAGCCGCUGCAGUGCUUUGUGAGCUGCCUGUAUGAGAGCCUGGAUCUGGAUAGGUACAAUGUCCUGCUGGAGGAGGCCUUCAAGAAUCAGGUGCAAACGAUCAUACAGCAUGAGAAGUCCGAGAUCAAGGAGUGCAGCGAUCUUCAGGGCAAAACACGAUGCGAGGCGGCCUACAAGUUGCACGUGUGCUACAAUCACCUCAAAACUCUGGAGGCGGAGCAGCGCAUCCGUGAGAUACUCGAACGGACCGAGGCGGAGAACGAGGGAUUCGGUCCGGAGGGCAGCGAUUUUAUCGAUGGCAUCCAGCAUUCCGGAGAAGCAAUGACCAGCACUAAGCCGGAGUGAAUAGCUGGGUAUUUUUGGGCCCCCUAGCCU